AUGCAAAAGUCUUGUGAAGAAAAUGAAGGAAAACCACAGAACAUGUCAAAGGCCGAGGAAGACCACCCAUCAGAAGAAGCACCACAGGAGGCAGAAGGAAAUCCUCAACCUUGCAAAGGUGUAAGCCAGGAAGCAGGAAACCUUAGGAGCGGCGACUAACCUGUCCAGGGAUCUAAAGAGGACACUCCCGGCAGGCAUUUGGACCCUGAAGAAAUGCGAAGAGGAGGUGAUGAGUUGGAAAGGCUUAGGGAAGAAAUAAGGAGAGUAAGAAACAAGUUUGUGAUGAUGCAUUGGAAGCAAAGACAUUCACACAGGGGACCUUAUCCUGUGUGCUUUAGGCCUUGA